AUGUUUCUGCUUGCUCCAGGUGCCGUGGUGUUGGCCGAGUUCAUAGCGGAGUCUCGGUUCCUCCAGACUCUGGACGUGAGGCAGAACCUCGUCCUCACUGGAGGCCUGAUGGCUUUCGCUCUGGCUCUGAAGCUCAACCACACUCUCGUUCAUUUAGACCUGGACCAAAACCCCAAAGAGGAGAAGGACGACUUUCUGAUUGAAACCCAGAAGAAUCUACUGAGCAGGAUCUCUGAUCUGUGUGCGGCGAACACCGAGGCGGCCUCGGAGACGGACCGGCGCUCUGCUACUCUUUUAACGCGAGACGACGUCGAUGGCGAAGAUGAGGAGGAGGGUAACUGUGGUGAAGAUACAGCUCCGUGUACGGCUCCCCAAAUCCCCACGCCAACACUCGCAAGCGAAUAAUAAUUCUUUUGCAAAUAAUGAUAAACUCCAAAUCUGUGUAAUA